UUGGGUUUUCAGCCUGCUCCAAAGCAAAACGUUUACCGUGGGUUCUACAUCUGUAUGUGUUCGUGCAAAUUUUGUGAAUUGGUGUAGGCGUGAUCCAUUUUACUGGGAUUUGGAAUUUAGCGAAAUAAAGGAUAAAAUGCAGAAGCCUUCGAUUCCACUUUCCCUCAUACGAGACCUAAGAUGCAGGCAUUGUCAAAAUUUCGUGACGUGUGGGCCAGUCUACGUUGUUCCCGAUGAAAGUAUACUAUGUGGCAGGUGUCAGAGUCUGGCAAAGGACAUAUAUCAAAACGUGUCCUAUGAAGCGAUAGCGUCCAUUUUCAGAUACCCCUGCCACAACUGGGAGAAUCACUGCUCCACGCCUCUGGCUUGGAACGAGAGUCUUGAACACGAGGAAAAGUGCACUUACAACGGUUUUUGUACGAUGUUUUGGAACCACCCGAAGGCACUUAUCAAAGGCAAAAGGGAGAUACCUUCUGGAGAAAUCAGACAGACGCCGGUACCAGAAAACCUCCUAGAAUACAUAAAAUGCGUCCAGUGCGAGUGCUACCUAACCUGCGACCCCGUUUACAUCCAGAGCAACGGCAAGAACAUCUGCCACCGCUGCGUCUACGCCAAUGGAAUCCCCCCCAACUGCCUCAGGAACAUCGCCUACGAGAUGCUGUCCACCAUCCUCAUCUUCCCCUGUAUAUACCGCAACAGAGGGUGCCCCACCAGGUUGAGAUUCGGCAGAGCCCUCUGGCAGCACGAAACGGAAUGCUCCUACGGUCAGACCUACCAGAAGAUCACCAAGAACCCCAACCAGAAGGAAAAAGGCGUGAUAAAGACGCAUUCGGGGCACUAUUACGGAACCAUAACGCCCAAUGUGGUGCUGUUCGCUCCGCCCAGUCAGAAAUCUGAGUUUGAAUUGAACAAGGAGUUGCUGAAGUCGCUGAAGAAGCAGCAGGAGAGGAGGUUCUUGAGAGCGGACGAGAUAGGCAGCCAGAUCGAGAAGAUGAACUCUGAUGACGGUUCUAUCUCUGGAGAUUCCGACAAAAAGAAUUCCUACGAUACCUUCAGCGACAGAAGUUCACCAGUGAGAUCAGACUAUGACGCAAAAUCAAAGCAGAACAUAUUCCAGUACCAACCCGUACCAGUGGAACCAGGCUACUUUUCGAACAACAAGGGAAAGCCCCCCCAAUCCCCAACUAUCGAAAGCCACCACAACAGCCUGAACCUGCCACAAUCAAACCAGAACGACCCAAGCCCCAGGGUCUCCCGUCAGAACUCCUACAACAAAAAAAAGGACUAUUACCACAACCAACCCAAAGAACAACUCAAUUUGAAGGAGUCUUUCAAUAACAGACAACCCCUGAGCAGCUUGGAUAACAAUAUCCUGGCUGGGCACUAUCCCGUGUUCAUGUACCCGCAGAGUCCUGGAGUGCCAAAAACUCCUUCUUCGGUGCAGAGUUCAGGAGCAGCCCCGCAAACUCCUUCUUAUAAUGGGGCAAUUCCUCCAGCUCCUCCUCCAUAUAACGGAGGGUUGCAGAACAGUUUUUCCUUCAGCAGUAACAACGGUGGUGAUUACAGUAAUAGGGUGUCGAGACAUGAGAGUAUAAGCAGCAAUAAGGAGCUGAUCGACGAAUUGAAGACCAAGCUGAUGAGGAACAAAUCUGCGAAACCUCAAAAUGUGCCUGAUAGUCCUUAUAAGGAGUGUAACAACUUGGAGGAUAUACUUCAGACUCACGAUAGAAUCACACAGUAAAUAUUUCGUAGAUUUUGUUGUUAAGUUUGCUAGUGGUGAAGUGUGUAUAUUAUUUUAUUAAAUGUAUUGAUAAAAUGGAUUGUAUUCGAUAUUCGACUGAAGAUUUUAGAUUUUUUAGAUUUUUUUUUCUUUACCAAAAUUCCAGGUUGAAUUUAAGGAACCAAAAUAUUUGACGUCUUACGAACCCAUUUGUAUAUACAAAUGUUUUCAAUGUAAUGUAUAUUUUUAUAUAUUCUUAAAAAUGCGCUUUUUUGAGAACAAAGCUAAUACACAAUAAUAGACAUAGAGAAAUAGUAAAUAAUUAUUAUUCCGUCAGUAAUUUACGAUAACGUUAUAAAUCAACCAGUGACAUAAAUCUGUUGGCAUGCAAAACCAUCACGAUGAGUGAUGCUAAGUGUUAUAUGAGGCAUGAUUUUCACACUGGGUGUUUCGCAAAUCAGCACCCGACACAAUAUAAAUUAAUUUAGAUCUGCAAUUGUAUUAGAUUCAAUGACUUAAAUUUUCGCUGGUGUUACGCAAGGAUCUGGUUUAGGGCCGUACUUUAAUUUAUUUUUUAUACCAAGAGGAGUAGAAACCUUCGUAACAUUCGUUUCCAAAUAUCUGUUUUAAUUCUGAAUUCCAAAAAAUAUUUUGUGUAACUAACAAAUAAUUUAUUUUGCAGAAAAUUAUAAAUAUCUGUGUAUAUUGUAAUAGAUCUUAUUAAGAAAAAUUAUAAUGUAAGUUUCAAGAUAGCAACAGAACUUUAAUUUUUUUAAGUAGAUAAUAUUUAAGGUGAUUUGUAAUUAUCGAUAAUAUAUUGUGAGUAGUGUAAAAUUUAUCAGUUGUACAUAUUUGUUAUUUUAGUACGUAAAAACUGUAAAUAUAUAUUUAAUAGUAAUUAGUGUAAAUUUUACGCUUAAAUAAAUAUUUUAAUAAAAAGGACAAUUUUUUAUAUGUGUAAGAAUAUACAGGGUAUAUUAUUAAUUAAAUUUAUAGAGAGGCUUCCAAACACCUGUCAUAAAUAUGUUUAGUCAAAUUUUGUAACGAAAAUAAAAUUUUUUUAACUGUU